AUGGUUGAGUUUGGGAUUAAGCCAGAGAUUGAUGAUCUUGAUCAGCUUUUGCAUUCGCUUUGCGAUAGGAAACAUGUGAAUAAAGCUCAGGAGUUUUUCGAUAAAGCGAAGCUUGGGAUUGGGAUUGCGCCGAGUGCGAAGACGUAUAGUAUUUUGGUUAGAGGAUGGGCGAAAAUACGAGACGCGUCGGGUGCGCGUAAGGUGUUUGAUGAAAUGCUUGAGAGGAAUUGUCUAGUGGAUUUGCUUGCUUAUAAUGCUCUUUUAGACGCUUUGUGUAAAUCAGGUGAUGUUGAUGGAGCUUAUAAGAUGUUACAAGAAAUGGGUAAGGUUGGACUUAAACCAGACGCGUAUAGUUACGCGAUAUUCAUCCACACGUACUGCGACGCGGGGGAUGUUCAUUCAGCUUAUAAGGUUCUUGAUCGGAUGAAAAGGUACGAUCUUGUACCCAAUGUGUACACGUAUAACCAUAUCAUCAAGACACUAUGCAAGAACGAGAAAGUCGAUGAUGCGUAUUUACUGUUAGAUGAGAUGAUUCAACUAGGGGUUAAUCCGGAUACUUGGACUUACAAUUCGAUAAUGGCUUAUCACUGCGAUCACUGUGAAGUGAAUCGAGCGACAAAGCUGAUUUUGAGAAUGGAUAGAACAAAGUGUUUACCGGAUAGACACACUUACAAUAUGGUUCUUAAAUUGCUUAUAAGGAUAGGGAGAUUCGACCGUGCGACAGAGAUAUGGGAAGGAAUGAGCGAAAGAAAGUUUUAUCCGACGGUUGCUACUUAUACCGUUAUGAUUCAUGGAUUAGUAAGGAAGAAAGACAAAUUAGAGGAAGCUUGUAAGUACUUUGAAAUGAUGAUUGAUGAUGGGAUUCCACCGUAUUCGACAACGGUUGAAAUGUUGAGGAAUCGAUUAGUCGGUUGGGGACAAAUGGAUGUUGUCGAUGUUUUGGCGGGGAAGAUGGAGCGAAGUAGUUCUUGUUCGGUUAGAGAAAUGACGAUUGAGAUGAGAGGGAAGAGAAGGAGAGUUGGACGUAGAAGUGCAGAUAGUGAAGAUGAUGAUUCGGAGCUUGAAAGAGUUGUAUGA